AUGGGAGAACUGGGGAUAGAGGAGCAAGAACCAAGAUGUACGUCAAGCCAUUUCCUGGUGUGCAACGUGGGAGAAGAGGAGUUUCAGGAAAGGAAGGAAGCCGCUCUCCACUGGCAUCGCCCGGGGCACCCACAGAGCCCCCCCUGCCCACCUCGCUGUGGCCUGGGCCCUGCUCUCCAGGGGGCUAUGGAGAACUCUGGGUGCUGCGAGGCCCCGAAGAAGCUGGGCCUGUCCUUCUCUAUUGAGGAGAUCCUGAGGCCUGCUGAGCGGAGCGAUGUGGCCAGGCCAGAAGGGGCAGGUGGCCAGGGCCCUGGGCGAGCAGCUGCGGCAGACUCCAGGCUUGGGAGACCCCCGCAGGACCAGCCCCAGGAAGAGAGGAAGAGCAAGCGGAGGGUCCGGACCACCUUCACCACAGAGCAGCUACAUGAGCUGGAGAAGAUCUUCCACUUCACCCACUACCCCGACGUCCACAUCCGCAACCAGCUGGCAGCCAGGAUCAAACUCCCAGAAGCUCGGGUGCAGAUCUGGUUCCAAAAUCAGCGAGCCAAGUGGAGGAAGCAGGAGAAGACUGGCAGCCUUGGGGCUUCGCAGCAGCUGGGUGAGGCCGACCUGGCCCCGCCCACAAACCCGGACGUGGCCGGUCCCAUGCUGCUCCCCGCUGCACGUCCCAGGCUGGCUCCACCCACUGGGUGCUAUCCACUGGCCCAAGGUCAGCUGGCCCCUGCCUGGAUCCCUGCCCGGCUGGCCCUCCUCCCAUUCCACCCAUGGGAGGCCCAGCCUCUCCUCGGCCCUGUCAACCAGCAGACCUGCAUCCCUGCUCUCUGCUUUUUUCCACCUCCGCACCCCAAAUGGGGCAGGUUCUGUGCCACCUCCAUACGGGAACCAGACAUCCUUUCCCCAGUGGAGCUGCUCUCCUAUCCAGGUGAAGGCAGAUGGCCUAGACCUCUGGGGGAAUCAACCUCACGAUCUUUCAAAGAUGACCCAUAGCCCAGGAAGCCACCCUGUGCAUGUCCCUUGGAAGGUUGCAUCAGACUCAGCAGCAAGAUGACCAUUAAAGGAAGCUCUCAUCUCUCCUGGCUGGAGUGGCCCUUCUGCUUUGAACAAUAGAUGCUGUGUGAGGUCUCAGGAUGAGCUCUGGAACGGGGAGGUCAUCCUCUUGCACCUGUGCUUCCUCUGACAUGCUGUGUGACCUCCAGCUGGCCAUUCAACCUCUCUGGGCCUCAUCUGUAACACAAGGCAGUCAGAUAAGAUGACUUCUGAGGGCUCUUCUGGCUCUUACCUUGGUAAGGUGAACCAUGAUGAGAACAGCAGCACAGAGGAGGCCAAGGAGAGCUUGUUUGUUCAUUCAUUAGUCAGAUCUGCUGAGCACUUCGUAAAUGGAACUGGCUAUUGGCAGAAACCACUGAGGCUCUGACCCCAGGAGCUCAGUCCAGAUUGGUCGAAGGGAUGGUAAUGACCUUCCCCUGCAAGCAGAACAUUCUCUCAGUGACCUUGCAAGAGGCCCACGUCUAACACAUUCUGUUUGGCUUUGAUAUUAAUGUCCUAAAGAGGGAGAGAAAUAUAGAAACAUUUCUUUUAAAAUGUAAACAGAAUUUAGUGUCUUCGGUUAUUCUACCGGAUUGGGAAGGGAUGCUGUGAUUUCUGGUUUGAAGGAAGGGUAAGACAGUAAACUCUUCUGAGAGUUUAUCCUCCCAGGACUGCAAGGGACCAGCCUCACUCUGUCCUGAAAAGCCUAAGAAAGAAAG